AUGCCAGAGAACAAAAAAACAGUCAGCAUUCCUAACAUUGCUUGGGAAACAUCCGCAGAUAUCUACUAUCCUCCAUCUUUCGAUGAGAACAAGAAGUACGCUGCCGUCGUAAGUGCCCACCCAAUUGGCUCUUGCAAAGAACAGACUUCUGGUAAUGUCUACGGUACGGCUUUGGCUGACGAGGGUUUUGUCGUUGUUGCCUUUGAUGCCUCUUUCCAGGGUGCCUCAGGUGGAAAACCUCGUUUCGUUGAGGACCCAGCUUUCCGUGUUUCGGACUUUCGUUUUGUGGUCGAUUACAUCCAGACUCUUCCCUACGUUGAUCCUGAACGCAUUGGUGUUCUUGGAAUCUGCGGUGGCGGUGGUUAUGCUCUCAAUGCCAUUAUGACCGACUACCGUUUUAAAGCUUGCGUGGGUAUCACUCCAGUGAACUUUGGACGUUUGGCUCGCGAAGGCUUUGCACAGUUUGACCCUGUGGGAACACUCGAAAUGAUUGGUCAGCAACGUACUGCUGAGGCUCAAGGCGCCGAACGCAAUGUUAUCCAUUACCUUCCACCUAAUGCUGAAGCGGCUGAAAAAAUAACCGGUGAUGUAGACGUUCCCGAGGCUUUCGACUAUUACAAGACCGAUCGUGGUCAAAAGCCCAACGGAGCUGCCAGCGGCCUUUUCUCGUUCAACAGUGCCGCAGUCUCGUGGGAUGCAUUUGGCCACGCCGAAGUCACUAUGACAAAGCCAUUUUUGGUAGUUGUCGGAGAUAAACCCGGUAGUUUUGGCGCUUAUCGUGAUGCCAACGAAAUUUACGGUCGCGCCGCAUCCAAAGAUAAGCACAUUGUCGUUCUUCCCAACACCACUCACUAUGAGCUUUACGAUAAGCCUGAGGCUGUUAAGCCUGCUCUUGAGAAGGCUAUUCCUUUCCUUAAGGAGCACCUCAAGGCCUAA